CAUGUUUGCUUAGUUUAGGACGUGACUGACCAUGGCUGGAGUGAUGUACCCCCCGUAUCCGCUGUUCCCCAAUUAUGGGCCGGCCUAUCGCCAGCACCCGCCGUUCUACAAGCCCAAGCAGCCAUACUGGAGGCCUCCUUACAAGGGGGGCCCGGGGCCCAUGAAGCCCACCUUUCCCCUGGACUGUCUGGAUGACUAUAGGUGGGCCCAGCUGAAGGCUCUGCUCAGCCAGCUAGGCCCGGGCCUAGGCCGCUUCUACACCAAGGAAGUCGGGGUGCAGGUGAACCUCAAGGUGGAUGCCUGCGUUCAGUGCUCGCUGGGGCCCAAGACCCUGAAGAGCCCUAAAGGGGGCUCCUUCCUGUACCGCCCGGUCCCCGGGCAACACGCAGGACUCUGCAUUGUGACCCCGGUGAGGUUCCCGCGCACCAUAGCCGUGUAUUCCAGGCUGACUGACCGGAGGCUCUUCACACUGCCACCAUUGAGGGGCGGAGGCGACCGGGAGGACUUCCAGGCCAGAGGGGAGGCUGAGGCUAUGCUGAAGAAACCCACCUUCCAGUUCCUGGAGCAGAAAUACGGCUUCUUCCAUUGCCGGGACUGUCAGGUGCGAUGGGAAAGCGCUUACGUUUGGUGCGUUUCUGGAACCAAUAAGGUUUACUUCAAGCAGUUCUGUCACAAGUGUCUGAAUGCGUCUAAUCCGUACUACGUGGAGUCCAUCGAGUGCAAGAUCUGCAUGAAGGCCGUGUGUUCCUGCCCCGAGAGGCGCCACAUUGACCUGAAGCGCCCUCAUUGCCAGGAGCUGUGUGGCCGGUGCAAGGGCCAAAGACUUCCCUGCGACAAGACCUACAGCUUCAAGUACAUUGUGUGAUGCCUGGCUGUGCCCUGCGGGGGUGACCCCAUUGUGCUCUGACCGUGCCCUGCGGGGAUGACCUCAUUGUGCCACGUGGACUCUCUGGUGACCUCCUCACAUGACGGGGAACGUGGCUCUUAUUGUUUUGCACUGAAU